GCCCGCGUUGAGUUGCGCGGCUCCGCCGGACAGAAGCGGGAGACCGACGGCGGCUCCGGUCACGGAAAACUCUGAACUUUCCUUCUGGAAGCUUGAGGUUAUUAUGUCGCUGUGUGGUCGAGGUUUAGCGGGAGUCCGGCGGUAAGAUGGCAGAGCACAGCAGCUAUGAUGCCAAUGUCCUCAGCAUCCCGGUGCCUAUGCGUCGCGGUGGCUCAGAUUCCAACUUGGACAUGAUGGACAGUAUUGCACAGAAUGGGGUUGGCCUGGAUUUCACCAAAGGGCCCCUGGGCAUCGACAGCCUGCAGCAGAAGAUCCUUAAGGUGACUGAGCAGAUCAAGGUGGAGCAGGAAGCUCGGGACCAGAAUGUGGCGGAGUAUCUGAAGCUGGUGAACAAUGCCGACAAACAGCAGAUGUUGCGAAUACGUCAAGUCUUUGAAAAAAAGAACCAGAAGUCUGCACAGACCAUCACCCGGCUACAGAGGAAGCUGGAGCAGUAUCACCGCCGCGUGAAGGACGGCGAAACCAACGGCAAACACAGCAACAAGGACAGCGGUCACAAAGAGUCUGGCACUCAAAGCAAGGAGGGCAGCUUACGGGACGUCAGCGCCACCGGACGCCACCCUGUGCUGGAUAAAGUCAAGACAACUGGCUCCGGUGUCUCACUCUCGCCGCCGUUCUUAUUCAACAAGUCACGGGAGUUUGCCAACCUCAUCAAGAAUAAGUUUGGCAGCGCUGACAACAUCGCCCACCUGAAGAGCUCCAUGGAGACGGGUUCUGGGCUGCAGGUGGACAGCGGCGCUCGGGCUCUGAGCGGUAGUGCCACCACUGUAGCAAAGACAACAAAGUAUCCGAGCGAUGACGAGUGCUCCACAGGGUCAUCUGCAUCCGCUGACUCAAACUUAAAUCCAGCCGGGGGAUCUGGGGUGGGGUCUGGAGGUCCCGGGAGGUCUGAGUCCAACGGGCAUCUGGGGGAGGUUCUGGAGAUGGUCCAGGAGGUCCGGGAGACCCAAAUGCAGUUGGCUGAGGACAUGGAUGCUCUGAAUACUCGGUUCAAACAGGAUUACAGCUACUUCACACAGAUGCUGCAGGAGGAGAAGUACAGGUAUGAACGGUUGGAGGACCAGUUAAAUGACCUCUUGGAGCUUCACCAGCAUGAGACCAGUAACCUGAAGCAGGAGCUGGCCAGCAUUGAGGAGAAGGUGGCCUACCAAGCCUACGAACGAGCCAGGGACAUCAAGGAGGUCCUGGAGUCGUGGCAGACUCGAGUAUCCAAGCUUGAGCUCCAGCAGCAGCAGCAGCAGCAGACCGUCCAGAUGGAGAACACGGACGCCAAGGUGCUGCUCGGGAAGUGCAUCAACAUCAUGCUGGCCAUCGUCACAGUUAUCCUGGUGUGCGUUUCCACAGCGGCCAAGUUCACCACCCCACUGCUGCGUAGCCGCCUUCAUUUGGCGCUCACCUGUGUGGGUGUGUCUGUUUUGGCACUGCUGUGGAAGAACUGGGAACAUUUACAAUGUGUGUUAGAGCGGACGCUCCUCCCACACUGAGCUGGACUAUGCAGCAGGAAUGCCAGUGAGACCAGUAAACUUUGGCCAGUUAUAGGUUGGUAUUGCCAGGAGGAGGGGUGGGAGGUGGCUUGACAUGGGGAUGCAGGAAAUGGGCGAGGGCGGAGCUUAUAUGUAGCUGUACACUAGUCUUGAUUGUUCAGCCUCUUUUUAACUCCGCCCACUAAAGUUGGCUUGUAGCCAAGCAGUGAGGGUGCCAACCUGGCGUUAACCUGACCAUCGGGCAUUUAGAGCGCCUACCUCAUCACUGUGACGUGGUUGUCACACAAACAGGCUGACAUGGGAGGAGGAAACGGUUUUGGGUGGUGAUAUAACAAGACACACUGGUGUACUGUAUGAUUUGAAAAGAAAAACAACUCCAAUGUUCUUCUUGUGCCCCCAACUGCGAAAGCAUUUCCACAGCACCCUCUGGUGGUCACAAUUAUAAAGGCAUGUGUCACCAGUCCAGAGGGGGUCUGGCAUUCUAGGGGCGUGUUCAUUGCAGUCACAUAGAAGAGGAGGUGAGAAAGAAUGCUAAAUUUCUUCAUUGUUUUUGGUGAGGCCCAGAGCAGGUUAGUCCUCCAGCACCACCACUAGUUCAGCCAGUGAAGUGUAGCUCUGAAUCCGACACCAGUGGCAGACCUGAUUCUUGUUCGAGCAGCAACAAGGAGGAAUGUGUCUCUGCCGGAACGGAUCAGAUGAGCGCCUCACACAGGGCAGCCAUGUAAUUACAUGUGUGUGUCCACUCAUGUCAAAUCAAAUCGAACCAGCUGCUUCACUCAAUCAGGAAGACUGUGAUCUGUGUAGUUGGUGUAGCGCCACCUUAUGGCCUCCUCCUGCACUAACCAGCUGUGAGAUGAACAGACGGUUCCUCCAGAUCCCCAUUGUGCUGUUUUGUUUUGAUUUUUUUUUUUCUCUCAUCUCGUCUGAUGACUCGUCUGAUGACUCGUCUGAUGACUCGUGUGUUAAACGGUGUAUUCAGUGUUUGCGUGUUCAUACUGUUAUUUCUUAAAGUAAAUCUCAUGACCUGCCUCCAGUCUUUUUACUUUCUGUUGCUUCUGGGGCAUUUUGUGAACUGAGCGUCUAUGUAUACGAUUGCUUGACUUAAUUUAUUCACGUCGCUUUGAGUUGUCUUUCUGAUCGAUCAGAACAAAUAAAGCUUCACGUGAAGCCUUUGGAGAAGCUCCGCGAGCUCACACUAACAACGGUUCCAAGUGCUGACGUGAACCGUCACCAGCGCCUGCUGAAUCUUAACUCAUCUGUCGACUGUGAACAGUUGUGACUAAACAACAACAACCGGCCAGAGACUGGCCUCUCCCUCCUAGCCUGUGAUUGGUUGGAGGCCGAGAUGCUGAUGUCAGCGCUGCUCUCCUAUUGGUCGUUUAGGAGAGGGAAAUCUCACUCCAAAAUGGAGUCCAGCAUCUGGCCCAGUUCAUAGCUGGUAGGUUGUAACUGUGAAGUGCAGCGCCCACAGCAGAUGCUCUCAGGCGUUAACCCCGUACACACUCUGCCUGUAAAACAGUUACUAAGUGGUUUUCAGUAGCUGUUCAGUCUGUUGAUGAUUCAUGCAGUUAUAAAAUGGAUAAAAAUGCUGUUUACACUCUUCUUUCUUUUGCCUUCUUCUGUUUUGGUUGGGGUCACCACAGAACUUUUCCUACUGGUCCACUUAUUCAUUUGUCACAAGUUUCACACCAGAGGCAGGUAACCCUACAUGUACAAGGAGAGUGGGGACAUGGGUGGCAUCGAACUGAGGACCUUUAUUAACCAGCACCAUGCUGCCCUGCUGUGCCCCAGAGCGGUAACAGUCCAGAAUUAAAGCUGUAGUGUGCAGGAUUUGGUGUCCUCUAGUGGUGAGGCUGCAGAUUGCAUUAUGCAGCUGCCAAUCCAGAUUUUGUUUCAAUUCAUGUUGCCUUAACUUUAACCUGUACUAGCAGGUCACCGGUAACCAGUGACAAGGAGAACAACCACUGAUUCUGCUUUUUCCUUUUUUCUUUUUUUUUAGAUUUUGCAGUGCUACAAAAUGCUAAGUAUGUCCCUUUUGGGCUACUGUACCAGCAGAGUGGUGCAACAUGGCGCCCUCUGUUGGUGGUGGUACUGGGGGGGGGGUGCUUGUAUAUUGAAAUGACGGGCUCAUUCUAAACUUGUGAAAACACCAAUUCUUUGUUACACUAAUGAACGGAUGGUUAUGAAUGCGUUGUGCUAAGACGCCUAAAUAUCCUACUCACUGUAACUUUAAAACUACUACUCAUUUAAAAGACCUGAAAACAGUCAUACUUUUAUUUUCUUGUAAAAUUUAUCAUUAAAUUAUGUAUAUAAUGUAAUGCAGGGGUGGUAUUUGAACCCAGAACCUUCUGCACUGAAACCAAACGCAUUAACCACUUGGCCACCACCCCUGCAAAUCUUACAUCUUUUAUCUCCUCAUAAAAAAUGGGAAUGAAUAUAGUCUUUAUGUAUUCGAUAAUUUGAUCUGGUUUGAUUUUUUUUUUUUUAAAGAACUGCUGAGCUCAAAAUAGACAUAAAAUUGACCUAAUCUGUCUAAAUUACAGAUAAUCUGAUUUUAAAAUCCAAUUGUAGACCAUUUUAAAUGACAUUUCAAAUAACUUUAAAUGUGCUUUAAGACAGAUCCUCUGCUUUGAGUUGGUUUUAAGUGGUUCCAAAUCACUAGUGAACUGGAUCUAACUAGAUCUAAGAUCUGGGGGAGUUUUUUUUUUUUUUGGGGGGGCACUUGGUUGUUCAGUAGGAAAUGUGACGCCGUCUCUUUGGACUCUAAUUAUACCUGUUCAGGCUCAUUCUAGUGGCUAAAGUGUUGGGCUUGAGUCCAGAAGAUCAUGGGUUCAAAUCCCCACCUGACUGGAAAUUCACUAAGGGCCCUUGGGCAAGGCCUUUAAUCCCCUAUUGCUCCCGGUGUGUAGUGAGCGCCUUGUAUGGCAGCACCCUGACAUUGGGGUGAAUGUGAGGCAUAAUUGUAAAGCGCUUUGAGCGUCUCAUGCAGAUGGAAAAGUGCUAUAUAAAUGCAGUCCAUUUACCAUUAAGGAGAAAGCUGUCAGAGCAGUUAGUUGUGAAGCUGAUGGACCGUGUCGACAGUCUUCUCUCUCUCGAACCUGAACCUUGUAGCUCCUGGUGUCUGGAUCACUGUGACCAUGUGGGAUUUCUUCUCACGUCUCAGCUGUGUAUGAAUUCUUCAGGCCUUCACUGAUACUGAAAUGACUGCAGGGUUUUUUGUUCUCUUUUGCCAAAUGCUGUCUGGCUCUUCAGGUGAGAGGUGACCCCCCCCCCCCCCCCCCCCCCCACAAAAAAAAACAAAAAAAAAAAACAUUUGUGAAUCCACAUUAUGUGCUUUCGAAUGGAUCACUCCUUAAGUGCAUGCACAGGCUUUAAUGUUUGGUUAUGUUUUUUUCAUGAAUAAAUAAAUUAAAAAAUGACAAAAAUAAAUCUUUGCUGAAACUG